AUGACAUUAACUUUUUCGCCCUUCUCCAUCAAAGACAUCCUCACCGGACCUGAUAACCGGAGAAGGAAGACCGGAACCUGGAGUACACAAGAGCUUGGCGCAGCAAAGUAUGACACCUGCACCCGGAGUGAUGGAGCGACAGUCCCGGAUCUGUCCUCUCAGACAGACGCGGAGAAGAGACGCGACAACCAAGUGAGACUUUCAGGUGAUUUAAGUCCGUCUGCUGGAAACAUACAGUCUGAUGGUUACAGCGAGGAGUCCACAGGAGAGGAGACAGGCGAGCACAGAGAAGGUGAGCAGGACCAUGAUUUUAAGAGGGACUAUAAGUUUAAAUGUUAUAUUUACACAAAUCUGCAUCGUUUUAAAGAGGGCAAACACUGAGCAAUUUUACAAGUGAAUAACUGCUCAGAAAUCAGGAUGAAACCUCUCCUCAGGGACAUAGUUUUUACGGUUUGAUUCCCAUACAGACUAAUUGAAGGUGAGAUUUUUCCAGCAGUGGGCUAUUUACAGGUUACAAAAACACAUAUCAAGUCCUGACCUGAUUUAAAAAUCUGGAUUAUUUUAACAAACCCCCAAAUUUCAGGGAUAUGUCCUUUACGUGAUCUUCAAGACUUAAACAUCUUAUUUUUGGAUCCUUCUUUACUAUCUUAAUUUAGUUUGUGUUGAACUAAAACGUGCUGUGCAUCCUUCAGCUUCACCCGGUGGAUUUUAACAGCCAAUCAGUGAUCAGUUGACCUAUUUCAUGGAGAUUUUUGUGAGAAAUGAUGAUAAAUGAGCUCACGCUUAUGAGGAAAGUGCUAUUUAACAUCUUUUAAAACAUCUUUACAAACUUCUGUCAUCUGAGAAAUAAACUCAAUCUGGACCAGAAACACCGGAUGUAUAUUCCUCCUUUAUAGUUGAUUCGGUGUAACUACUUUUUAAUGUAUUUCAGUAUACUCACUGACUUUAUUACAGUACUAUAAGGAUGACACUAAACGCUGGUCAAUCAGAAACUGGCCUCUCAGUGUCUGACUUCGUUAACACACCUGUCGUCCUCACACUCUUCCUCAGGAGCCGCAGUCCACCUCCACCAGCACCGUCAGCAUCAGGAUGAUCUGCAAACAAAGGGAGCAGAUGCAGAGGAGGGAGGCUGUCAGAACAGCGAGGACUUAGUCAGCUGUUCACCUGACGGUUCACCACAGAAGGGCAGGCCCGGCACCAAGAAGCGCGCCAGAGCGGCCUUCACCCACGCGCAAGUUCAUGAGCUGGAGCGCCGCUUCCACGCGCAGAAGUACCUCUCCGGUCCUGAACGAGCAGACCUGGCAGGAGCUCUGAAACUCACUGAGACUCAGGUGAAAAUCUGGUUCCAGAAUCGGAGGUAUAAAACCAAACGGCGGCAGAUGGCGGCCGAUCUGACGGCGUACGGGUCACCGAAGAGGGUGGCGGUGAAGGUGCUGGUGAGGGACGAUCUGAAGCAGCAGCAACAGCAGAUGAACAGACUCCACUUCCCAAUGAGUGCGCCUCUGUAUCAGGCCUACCAGUAUCAACCCUAUCUUCACUACUGCUACCGGCCGUGGAACAGCCUGCAGUGUGGAGGGAUGAUGUGA